GCGCCUCAGUUCUUUCUCCAAUAUCUCAACACGAUUCCCCACCCUUCACGAACUCAGCUACGAGCAAUACUACAUUUUUAAUUCUUUAGAAAUAUUACAUUAAUAUUUAAGACUCAUUGAAGUAGCUUUAAAUGUGCAGCUUUGUCCCUUGCGUUGAUGUUAUUUUCACAGAUAUAAAAAAUUAGGGCGUGUCAUAUUGAGUAGUCCCGCCUCUUGUUAAAAUAGCCAAUAGUAUUUAGUUUACCUCACAGCCUUGAAUCUUAUGUGAUGCACAGAAUGAUGUUACAAGAAUCGUUGAUCCGUACCUGUGACAAUGCGCCUCUCCAUACCCCACCUCACUCCUCCCUAAACGCCUCCUGAACAGGACAAUCCCACUUCUGAGACCCUCCUCCUCCAUUCACCCAUCUCUCUACAGGGUUGUGGAUUGCCGCCGGGGUCUGGACUCUUGUCAACUAGACAGAUGCAGUGGAGAACAGAGGAGUGUUCAGGGAUAGUGGAGCUCUGGAGGCGUCAGGGGGAGAAAACAAACAGCUGAGGAGUGAUAAAUGCAUUUCAGAUAUUUCUUCGAUUAUCCAUGGACACUGAUGUUCUGAAAACUCCUGACCAGUGCAUAUGACCUUCAAGCAUUUGCAUUAUGGAAGAGUGAGGAUGACUUUGGAUAACAACAUUUACCAAACAAAGCAAACCCAAACAGCUGGUCUUCAAGCACUGAUACACCAAAGGUCCUGAUCCUCACAAACUCAACAGAAUGACUCUAAAAGACAGGACAGUUUUGGUUUUCCUCUUUCUGGGACUUUUACUCCAAAUUCAAUGCUCUCUUGUGAAGAUGAAUAAGGGGUUGAAGGUAAAGAGAGGGCAGUCGGUCUUUCUAGAGGACCAAGACUUACAGUUUCAUAUUCCUAGAGGAAAAGAUGCCUGCAAGGUGGAAGUUGUGUUGAACGAGCCCAUUACACAACGUGUCGGCACACUUUACCCAGAGGUUUUCGACUGCCACUUUUUGACCGACGAGGUGAAAUACACUCAUAACGGAUGUCCGAUUUUAAAAGAGGAUAUUGUUAAACUUCGUCUGUACAAAUUUACAGAGACAGAAACCUACACUGAGGUCUUCAAUCUGCACGUUGAAAUCACAGAACCUGACUGUAAUGUGAUUAAGUUGGGACCACAGAACCUCGAGGUACCCGAGUUCUACGGCCUCUCCAAUGUUCUGGAUGGUAACACGGUGUCCUUUCACUACGAACAUCGACAUAAUAUUGAGUGCACAGUUCAUGUGACGACACUGGAUACACAUCUACCUGGUCAUGGUCAGCUGGUCACUGGAGUGCCGGAGAUAUCAGACGGACCAAGAGGAGAUGAACCUGACAGCUUUGUUCCUUUAAGGAGACAGCUGGAUAAUAAAGCCAGAGCCCAUUGUAAGAGUGAUAACUGUCUGAAGGGACUGAAACUGUUAAAAAUCACUAAAGUGCCCUGCAGUGAUUUCCUCACGAUGGGCAUUCGAUACCAUCACACUGACCCACCGUCUCCAGAUAUUGACUACAUUGCCAUUAGACUGGACCUCACAGACACUAGAAGCAGAAGCGUAAUCCAGUCUGAGCAGGCCUGGAUCCCAGUAACUAUUAAAGAUGCUGUGACCAAUCAGCCACCCAAGCCUGCCUUCAUGUCGAUGUUCAUCUUGGAGGUGGAUCAAUUCAUCUUGACUCCACUUUCCACGGCAACCCUGGAUGCGGAAGAUGAUGAGACUCCCAAGCAGAGGUUGGUGUUCAACAUCACUAAAUCUCCUACUGAGGGCUUCAUUACCCAUCUCUCCGAUCACACCAAACCCAUCUCCUCCUUUACCUGGAUGGAUCUCAAUGAUAUGCUGAUCGGCUACCAGCCACCAAACUGCAGCCACACACAACGUAGGAACUAUGAGGUGGAGUUUGAAGUGCACGAUUUCUACUUUGAGAAAAGUCAGUCUGUGAUGGUACACAUCUCCAUCAGGACAGCUGAUACAAAUGCACCACGAGUGUCAUGGAAUAUGGGUCUCAGUCUGUUGGAAGGUCAGUCCCGUCCCAUCACAUGGGAUCAAUUGCAGAUAGUUGACAACGACAACCUGAAAAAUGUAAAAAUCAUCACCGUGGACGGCCUUCAACAUGGGAGGCUUUCUGUUCGAGGCGGAAAAGGCUUCAUGUUCACCGUAAAUGAUAUUAAGGAUGGUGUGGUACGCUACCACCACGAUGACAGCGACACUACUAAAGACUAUGUAGUCUUCAGGAUUACUGAUGGCUUGCAUCAAACUAGACACAAGUUUCCUAUUAACAUCUUGCCCAAAGACGACAGCCCACCUUUUCUUAUAACAAAUAUGGUGCUAGAGCUUUCUGAAGGUCAGACGGCUCUUCUCAGAGGAACUAUUUUACAAGCCUGUGAUAUGGACUCCAGUGAUGACUAUAUUAUGUUCAACAUCACCAGACCACCUCAGGCAGGGGAGAUCAUGAAGAUGCCCGGUCCUGGAAUUACAGGUUACCCUGUGGCCCGUUUUCUUCAGAAGGACCUCUUCCAUUCCAUCAUCUAUUAUCGGCACUCAGGGCAUGAGGUCUUUGAGGACUCUUUUGAGGUGGUGUUGUCGGAUUUUCAUGAUCCUCCUAACCUUUCAGAACCUCAGGUUGUCGUGAUACAAAUUCAACCAGUACCUGAUCAACCUCCACAAGAAGCACUGGGUGUGUCAAGGCACCUGGUUGUCAAUGAGACCGAUGUCAUCUUCUUGACCAAACAGCAGCUACAUUUCGUUGACUUGGAGUCACCAGAGAGUGAGCUCACAUACACCGUCACCACUCCACCCUUCUACAGCACCACCGGAGGGCCUGAUGCAGGAAGGUUAUUUCUGGUUGACAGCAUCCCCAAAUUUCAAAAAGAUCCCAAUGCCCCAAUGUUAAGACUUUUCACCCAGCAUGCAGUCAACCACAUGAAAGUUGCUUAUAUGCCCCCCAUUCUGGACAUUGGACCCUACAGUCGGCAUAUCCACUUUGUCCUGUCAGUUACCAAUCAACAAGGCAGGACGACUACUGGAAUUUGCUUCAACAUUACAGUUCUGCCAGUGGACAACUUGGCACCAGAGGUGCAUGUGAAUCCAUUGACAGUGGAUGAGGGAGGAGAGUCCUGGGUGAAUGAAGAGCACCUGCGCCUAACUGACCAGGACUCGCUCGAGGACUCUCUGCAUGUGAAACUAAAAAGAAAACCUCAGCAUGGAAAUAUUUCUCUAGACGGCACACCCAUGAGCCCAAGCCAAACAUUCACAAUGAGGGAUCUGAGAAGCCUUAAAGUUAGGUAUCGCCAUGAUAACUCUGAGACAGAACGAGAUGAUAUUCAAUUCAUCGCCACUGAUGGGAUAAAUACUGCUGACUUUGUGCUACCUGUCAAGGUGACACCAGUCAACGACGAGGUACCGGUUUUAGUACCAGGUUUAAAAUCUAUUAUAGCCUGUGCAGAGGGACAAGAAGUGGUCAUCACUAUAGAGUACAUCUGUGCCACAGAUCUGGACAGUGAUGACAGCGCAUUGAUCUAUAUGAUCGCCCGCCAACCUUAUUAUGGGGUUGUUCAAAGAAACGGCAUCAUUGUGGAUCGCUUCAAUCAAGCUGAUGUAACUGCUGGUGUCAUUUCCUAUAGGCACACUGGACAAGAGAUUGGGCUACAACCCCGUCAUGACAUCAUUACGUUUGUGAUCUCCGAUGGAGAGUCGGAUCCUUUCUGUUGUGGGGAUAGCGGACGGACACCUAAAGUGCAGAAACCCCUGCCCCUGUAUGACCUUAAUGUUACUGUUUAUCCUGUGAACAACCAACCACCAUCUAUUGAUAUUGGACAGGUAUUUAAAGUGGACGAGGGUGGGUCGGCUUCCAUCACAGAGACCCAUCUGAAAGUUGCAGACCAGGACACUCCUCCGGAGGAUCUGGACAUCAUCCUGAUCGCUCCUCCACAGUUUGGAUACAUUGAGAACGUUCUUCCCAGUCCAGGCUUUGAAAAGAGCAACAUGGGAAUCAGUAUUGCUUCUUUUACUUAUAGGGAUGUGUUGAAUGGGCACAUUAACUACGUCCAGUUUAGACACCAAAGAAUGGAGCCCACCACUGACCAGUUUAUGCUGCAUGUGUCAGAUGGAAAACAACAGUCAUCCUUAGUAUCAUUUUACAUCAUCAUCAAUCCAACCAAUGAUGAGAUCCCAGACUUCCUGGCUAGAAACAUCACGGUUAGAGAAGGAGACAUGACAGCAUUGGACCCAUCUGUAAUCAAUGCAGAGGAUCUCGACAUUCCUAGAGACCGUUUAACAUUCAGUGUAAUCCAGCAGCCCCAACACGGAUCCAUCAUGGGUGCACCCCAUGGAAAUGACGUGACGUUUCAGAAGAGGGUCGUGAACAAGCGUGAAUCUGUGAUACCAAUUGAACACUUUACCAUGGAUGAUCUCAGGAGCGGCAUGACUUUGAUGUACAUGCAUGAUGAUUCAGAAAGUGAGCAGGAUAACUUCAUCAUUCAGCUCUCUGAUGGAAAACACAAGCUUCAGAAAAGUGUGCAGGUGAAAAUACUGCCGGUCAAUGAUGAGAAGCCAUAUAUUAUACGGAACACUGGGAUUCAGAUGGAGCCUGGAGAAUCUAGACUUAUCUCCAGUGCUGUGCUCAGUGCACAAGACAAAGACACGCCCCCCUGUGACAUCAUUUAUGUGUUUGAGAGUCUACCCAAUCACGGUGUCAUUCAGAUUAAGGUAGACACAGAAUGGAUGGAUAUAUCGGCAGGGAAGAAUUGUUCUCAAGAGGUUUUGGAUAUGAAUCUGCUGCGUUAUCUUCACACCGGUCAGCCUGGGUCUCGGAUUACUGACUUUUUUGUCUUCUAUCUGAUGGACGGCAAAAACCGCUCUCCCGCUCAGCACUUUCACAUUAAUGUCAAAGAAGUAGAGAAAGGAGACAUAGUAUUAUUCAUGAGGCCUGUGAAAAUGAGUCGUGGGGAGCGUGUGAUCCUCACCACAGAUGUGUUGCUGGCAGUAGAUGGCACUGAUAAGCCAGAGGAACUUCUCUAUGUCAUCACUGUUCCUCCAGCACAUGGUCAUGUAGAGUACAUCAAACAUACAGGUGUGCAAAUUCAAUCCUUCAGUCAGCUGGAUGUAGCAGCGAACCUGGUGUGUUACGUACACGACAACAGAGCAGAUUCACCAAAAGAGAAACUUCAGUUUGUGGUCAACAAUGGGAAAUCAACACGCAAUGGUACCUUAGAGAUCUUGGUGGAGUUGACUGAUAAGAUUCUGCCCACACUCGUGCGCAACACUGGUCUGCAGGUUCCUCAGGCUUCCACCAUAACUUUGUCUCCUGAUGCCCUCUUCCUAUCUGACCCUGACACCCCACCCACUGCAUUGAUCUACAAAGUGAUUCACCCUCCCCAGUAUGGCCAGCUGCUCUUGAAGGGGCAGUUACUGGUGACUGGCAGUAAUUUUACCCAGAAGAACAUUCAGGACCUGGAUGUUGCAUACAAACAUUCAGGUGGAGCUUCUCAGAUCGAUCGCUUCAAGUUCAAAGCAUCUGAUAGCACAGAAAGAGGCUUUCUGGUGGAUGGAAAAGUACAAACCGAAUCGGUUUUCUUCACGCUACAGAUUGAAGCUCUUGACAGCUCUGCACCACAGAUAGUAACGCUUCAAACUCUUUGGAAAGCGGAAGUCCUGAAUGACGGUCGGUAUGGGAUGUUCAUUUCAUCGAGAGAGCUCAAGGCACAGGAUACAAACACUGCGGACGAUCGUCUUAUUUACCACAUCAUCAGAGCACCUUACUUUGGGUAUCUGGAAAAUUCAACCAAUGGUGAAUUCGUAAGACAGCGUUUCUCUCAAAGGGAUCUGAACAGGAGGAUUCUCCUCUACAUUAUUAACCCAGCUGUGGAUGUUCUGACUGACAGUCUGGAGUUUUCGGUUUCGGAUGCUGUGGGCAAUACUGGACCCUCUCACAAACUGGAGUUCAGCUGGGCCAGCGUGGAGCUGGCCAGGACGGAUUAUGUUGUAUGUGAGAGCCAAGGAUCAGUUUCACUAAACAUUCAGAGGAGAGGAAAUGUGCAAGAUUCAUCUUUUGUUACUGUACAGGUUAAAGAACUAACAGCAUCUGCUGAAAAAGAUUUCAAAGCAGGAUCCUCAUCUCUAAUUCAGUUUGACCCAGGCAUGAGCAGUCAAGUAUGGAAAAUGGAAAUUGUUCAGGACUCUUUGGAAGAGGCUGAUGAGACAUUCGAGGUUAAUUUGGCAUUCCCGGUGGGUGCAGUAUUAAGAGGCAACACAAAAGCCAUCAUCCUCAUAAAGGAUAGAAAUGGGCAAUGCAGUGAAAACCAUUUCACUGACCUUCAAGGUUCAGAGAUACAGACAGGCUCGCAUCCUCAGCAUGGCUCAAUCCAGGUGGAGGUGUUGCCUUUUUCUCAGGGAUACAUUAGAGGUGAUGGUGAUGUAAUAGCUGAGACGCCCUCUUCUACAAAGAAAAGACUCAAAAUCGUUGGAAAUGGUAAAGUGGUUCAACCUUCAGAAAUCAUUCGUCAAGGAUCUGAAACCAUUUACAAAUAUCACGGUAUCACAUCGAUGGCAGUUGAGGAAGACAACACAGCCGCUGUAAAGGGCAGAAAAGCACAGGUGCAGGUUGUCAGUAGAGGGCAGCAGCGUUCUGCCCCGGUCAGAGAGGCAAAACUACAAACUGCCCAACACACGCCCAACUCAGGUGAGAGCUUUAGGAUCUCACCUAAAGCAUCUAAUCCCUGUAGACCAGAACUUACUGGCUUUCUCCAUUAUGAUGAGAGCUCAGGACAACUUUUUCGCUGUAGUGGUGACACCUGGAGGCCUUGGGCACCUACUAAUGAGACGGUGAAAGCACAGAAAUGUCCUUCAGGAUGGAUGUACCAUAGCAACUACUGUUACUUACUGAGUACAGACCGCAAAGCCACAUGGAGCGCCGCAGCUCGCGCGUGCAGGGAAAAAUUUAAUGGAAACCUGGUCAGUAUUUUGUCAAAAACGGAUAUGGACUGGCUAUGGGACUUCAGCGAAAGAAAACCGUUUUGGAUUGGUCUAAAUGACCGUGAAAGUAAAGGCAGGUGGGAGUGGGUUGACGGAGAACCUGUUACAUACACCAAUUGGAGGCAGAACCCUCCAAAAAAGAAAAAGGGAACGAGGAGGUGUGUCCUGGUCUGGAGGAAAACAAAAUGGCAAAUUAGAGACUGCAAGAAAGGAAAAGGACAUCGCUACAUAUGUUACAUUAAAACAUGACUUCAUUAAAUGCCAAAAACCUGAACACAACACUAUUAUGACUACUUAGUGUACACUUGUGUACGUAUAAUAACAUUGAACAGGUGUCAAACAAACUGCUGUAAUCUUUUUUCUUGUUUGAUCCCCUUUAUACUCAGAGGACUGCCUUGUAAAUAUAUUUUACUGUUAAAUAUGUUAUCUUUACAUAUUUAUUUUACUGUACAUGUUUUUUAUGCUGUGAGAUCAUCAAUGUUCACCCAAAAAAACACACAAUGUACAAGAAAAAAAUUGUAUAGUACCUACGAGGGGCAAUGGAUCUCUCUGAUCAAUGGAUCUCUCCGAAGAAGCCUAUACUGAAGUGAUUUAAACUACAAUUCAUCGACUGGCCGCUAGAGGCAGGCUCCAAAAGGGAGUCAUUUCCCAUAGACUCCCAUGUUAAAAUGCCCAACUUUAAAUUGGAAAAUAAUAUGUUUACAGCCUGGUACAAUUUUUUUUAAUAGCUAAUCUGUAUAGCGGUCUGUAUAGCUAAUUUUGCCCUUCAUGACAACUGUGUGUGUGUGUGGGGGGGGAUCUUUUUUUUGUAACUCAUCCGUUUAAAUGCAUUAAAGUUCUGCAUAAUUAAGGGCGUGGCCGCUUGAGUGACGGUUGAACAGCCACUGCCGUCACUAGAAUUGAGCUUGGCGGGCGUGGUUUCAGCAACCAGUCACCUCGGCUUCACCCCAUAGACAGUAAAGCUUCACCCACGUCCCAUAUUUUUACCCAUUUUCGGAUAUCCGCGACGGCAGGUACCGCUUAGUUUAAGCUUCAAAAACGAUCUUCAGAAACCUAUUGGUGACGUCCAUCUUUUUUUAACGGGCUAUGAGUACCUACCUGUAUGACAUGUUUAUAUGUAUAAUUUUAGUUUGGAUAAUCUUAUUAUAAUACAUGCAAUGACUUCGAGUGAAUGCUGUCCAUGCAAGAAACUCAACUUCAAAAUAAAAGUUUCUUAGAAUCUUUUUCAUUAAACAAUAGAUGGAUUGAUGGAAACUAUUUAACAAAUGUUUUAUCUUAAAAUCACCAAAUAGUGUGCACCUAAAAUUAGAUAUUAAAUUAGAUCAGUUUCCUUAAAAAAAAAAAGUUUGGGACUAGACUCUCAGAUGUACUGGUGGUGUUUAGUUGUUGUUUCUCUGCCAUGAAUUAACCUUAUAAAAUUAUGUAUUUUUAUAUAAGAUUUAAAAAAAUCUGAUUAAUCAAAUAUAAUUUUUUCUUUUAAAGUAAAUUCAGUUUCAGGAUAUAGAGUCAACUGACAUUAACUAACUUUGAAUUUCCCGAAUAUUAAGAAUAUUGGUAACACUUUACAAGAAGGUUCAUUAGUUAACGUUAGUUAAUGUAUGAACAAACCAUGAGCGAUACAUAUGUUACAGGCUUUAAUAAUCUUUGUUUAUGUUAGUUAAUUGAAAUAAAGCUUUUAAUUGUUUGUUCAUGUUAGUUCACAGUGCAUUAACUAACGUUAACAAGAUUUUAAU